AUGCACUAUUCGAGCAUUGCAUUCUCCAACAAUUCUGUGGCAAAGACUGUGCUCCCUCAUGAACCACAAUAUGAACAUACCAUUGGUAACCGAGUUGAACCAAGUUUUCUGGACUACAAAGAGCUGAACAUGGCAUAUUGCUCAAAUAUCUGUCGAAACACGCUGCCGUGUAAACAUGGCGGCUAUCCGAAUCCGAAUGCAUGCCAGACCUGUUUGUGUCCAACGGGACUGUGUGGCCGGUACUGCGAACAACUGAUGCCUUCGAAGCUGUCACACUCUGGAGCAUCAUCCUGCUACUGGCGUAUAACUGCGAAUCCCGGUGAUCGUAUCCGAUUCGAAUUAACCAACGUCUUCUUCAAAUGUGCUCCGACAUGCGAAGAAUUUGUGGAGAUAAAAUUUGCGCGGACACACGAUCGCACAGGACUUCGUGAGUGUUGUCGUGCCGAGUAUGGGGAGGUCGUGUCGCAAGGAGAUUCCAUACUUGUUAUAACACUGGCCACUACGAGCUCACAGUUCAAUCUCCGUUAUCGACUAGGUCAGUGA